AUGGAAGCAUCAAGGUUUAUAAAUGAUAAUAAUAAGGAUGGUGAUGAUGCUUUCCGUCCAACUCCUUCAGGUCAUAGUCUUGGGGUGGGACAUAUAUUACCACCACCAUCAAGUAUUAUCCCUAAAGUCUUAUUGAAAAGUCAACAACCUCCUUCAUCUGAUUAUUUGUAUACCAUAAAGGAUGAUAAUAAGGACGGUGAUGAUGCUUUUCGCCCAACUCCUCCUGGCCAUAGCCCUGGAGGGGGACAUACAUUACCACCAUCACCACCAAGUAUUGUGCCUAUAAUCUCAUUGAAAAGUCUACAGCCUCCAUCACAUGAUUAUUGGUAUUCCAUAAAUGAUGAUAAUAAAGAUGGUGAUGAUGCUUUCCGUCCAAAUCCUCCAGGUCAUAGUCCUGGAGGGGGACAUACGUUACCACCAUCACCACCAAGUGUUAUCCCUACAGUCUUAUUGGAAAAUCCACAACCUAUUUCAUCUGAUUAUUUCUAUAACAUAAAGGAUGAUAAUAAGGAUGGUGAUGAUGCUUUUCGCCCAACUCCUCCUGGUCAUAGCCCUGGAGGGGGACAUACAUUACCACCAUCACCACCAAUUGUUUUUAUGAACUAA